GAACUUGACGCUCCCGCUGCCUGGCUCACUCGCAGCCUUGGAGGGAUUUCGGCACAGUCCGUGCGGGCUUGCGGGCGCCGGGACGGGCCGGAGAGCGGCGGGAGCCCAAGCGCAGCCCAGCAAUUCCGGGCUCCCCGGGAAGCCCUCGCGAUGGGAGUCCACCCUGAAGUCGGCAAAUCCCCAGCUGACAUCACCAAGAGCUCCAGCACCUGCUCCAGGAGUAUCUUCUGCAACAUCAAAGUGUUUGUGCUGUGCCAUGGGCUCCUCCAGCUCUCCCAGCUCCUCUACAGCGCUAAUUUCAAGAGCAGCCUCACCACCAUCGAGAAGCGCUUUGGGCUCUCCAGCCUCUCUUCAGGCUUCAUCUCCAGCUUGCACGAGAUCGGCAACGUGGUGCUCAUCAUCUUCGUCAGCUACUUCGGCAGCCGAGUGCACCGCCCGCGGGUGAUCGGCGUGGGGGGGCUGCUGCUGGCCCUGGGGGCCUUCCUGGUGACCCUGCCCCACUUCCUGUCAGGACCCUACAAGUACACCACGCUCAGCACCGGUAACAAAAGCCAGGGGCAGGUUGAGCUGUGCUAUGCAGAGAGUAGAUUUGUGUGCCCAAACACCACCCAGGACCCCCAGAAGGAGGCCAGCAGCGUGUGGGCCAUGAUGGUCAUUGCCCAGCUGCUGGCUGGGAUCGGGACCGUGCCCAUCCAGCCCUUUGGGAUAUCCUACGUGGACGACUUCGCAGACGCCAACAAUUCCCCACUGUAUGUGGCCAUCCUCUUUGCCAUCGCCGUGUUCGGCCCUGCCUUUGGAUACCUGCUGGGGUCCGUGGUGCUGCGGCUCUUCGUGGAUAUCGGAAGGGUUGCCACUGUGGACCUGACGCCGAGUGACCAGCGGUGGAUCGGAGCCUGGUGGCUGGGGCUGCUCAUCUCCUCGGGCUGCUUGGUGCUCACCUCCAUCCCUUACUUCUUCUUCCCUCGGUACAUGCUGAAAGGAGAGGAGCGGAACACGGAGGCUGGGAUGCUCAGGAAGAUGGAGGCAGGGGUGGCUGAAGAGAUCUCCCUGCUGGAGUUUAUAAAAAGAUUCCCAAAGAUCUUCCUCAGGCUGCUCCUGAACCCCCUCUUCAUCCUCCUGGUGCUGGCUCAGUGCAGCUUCUCCUCCGUCAUUGCGGGUCUGGCCACCUUCCUCAACAAAUUCCUGGAGAAGCAGUACGGUGCCUCACCCUCCCACGCCAACUUCCUCAUAGGAGCUGUGAACCUGCCAGCAGCAGCGCUCGGGAUGCUCCUGGGAGGGAUCAUCAUGAAGCGCUUCUGCUUCUCCCUGCGGGCCAUCCCGCGCUUCGCCGUGGUGGUGCUCGUGUUCUCCAUCCUCAUCUGCCUGCCCCUUUUCUUCAUGGGCUGCUCCACAGGGCACAUCGAGGGCAUCUACCACCCCAGUACACCCAAUUCCCAGCAGCAGGUUAAGGCACGGGUUGGGUGCCAGUGCUCUAAGCAGAUCUUCCACCCGGUGUGCCGGGAAAACACCACUGAAUACAUCUCACCCUGCUUCGCUGGCUGCACCAACAGCACCACGAACCCCUCCAACCCCAAACAACCGAUCUACCACAGCUGUUCCCUGAAAGGGAAUGAGUUCUUCUCCACCUACACGGGCUCUUGUCCAGCCAGCUGCUCCCAUAUGCUCCUUCCUGCCAUAUUCCUCAUCUCCUUCGCUGCCCUGAUCGCCUGCCUGUCCCACAACCCCCUGUACAUGAUGGUGUUACGGGUGGUGAACCAGGACGAGAAGUCGUUCGCCAUCGGAGUGCAGUUCUUACUAAUGCGGCUGCUGGCCUGGCUGCCAGCUCCAGCCAUGUUUGGGGCCCUCAUCGACUCCUCCUGCAUCUACUGGCAGCAGCAGUGCAGCCAGCGCCACUUCUGCGCCUACUACAACAACGACUUCCUCCGCAACAGAUACCUGGGGCUGCAGGUUGGCUACAAGGUGGUGGGCACCGUGCUGCUCGCCCUCAUCAGCUGGAAGGUGAAGAGGAGCAAGGAGUACAACGUGCAGGAGAAGGCGGCGGGGCUGGUGUAGCCCCCGAGGACUGACUCGCACCCCCAUCACCCACCGCCACCACCUUGUCUUGUUUGGAUUUGUUUUACCUCCCACGGGAGCGACUCCGCCUUCGCAGCUCCGAGCUCCUCUGCCGCAGCCCAGGUGUUCCCGGCGAGGGAUGCUCCGGGCCGGCCCCAUCCUGGAAAUGGCUUCUCGCAGGGUCUCCAGCUGCGCUUUCCCAUCACCCUGGGGAGCCCCCGGGCAGCUGGAGCAGGAGGCAGAGGGGGCUGGAACACACGGACCCAGACUAGUGCCUGCUGUGGGCGAUGGUCCCGCUCCGGCGUGACAUUCCCGGCCGGGAGGUGCCCUCACGGCUGGGACAGGAGCAGGGGAGGUGGCUGCCAGCCCGGAGGGGCUGCCUGGUGUCCCCCCACCCACAGCCCCCACAGAGGUCAGCAGGGACACCGCACACGUGUUGGGACAAGUCAGCACAAGGGGUUUAUUGCAGAACAUCUGGGGUUUGUUGCUCUUUUUAUUUUUUAAAUAAAGGUCACUUUUCCAA